CCACCUUCCACCGCUGCAUGUCGAAAAUUGAUCGCGCCAUUUUGCGGUAGUUUUUAUCAAGCUCGCUGUGUUGAAGAACCGUACGCACAAAGGAACACCAUGGCUGACAACGACUUGUUGGACUACGAGGACGAAGAAGACCAAGAGCAGACCGUGGGGGAAGCCAUCCCCGAAGUAAAGAAACCUACUGGAGGCUAUGUGUCCAUUCACAGCUCGGGGUUCAGGGAUUUCCUUCUCAAGCCCGAACUCUUGCGCGCCAUCGUAGACUGCGGCUUCGAACAUCCAUCCGAAGUGCAACAUGAGUGCAUACCCCAGGCAAUCCUCGGCAUGGACAUCCUGUGUCAGGCCAAGUCUGGCAUGGGAAAAACCGCCGUGUUCGUCCUGGCUACCCUACAACAGCUUGACCCUGUCGAAGGCCAGGUGUCUGUGCUGGUGAUGUGCCAUACCCGAGAGCUGGCCUUCCAGAUCUCCAAGGAGUAUGAGCGUUUCUCCAAGUACCUGCCGUCAGUGCGUGUGGGCGUGUUCUUUGGCGGCAUGAACAUUACCAACGAUGAGAAGGUGCUCAAGAGCAGCUGCCCCCACGUCGUGGUGGGCACACCUGGCAGAGUCCUGGCCCUUGUUCGUUCCCGUAAACUGCAGCUGAAGCACAUCAAGCACUUUGUUCUGGACGAGUGUGACAAGAUGCUCGAGCAACUCGACAUGCGUCGGGACGUCCAGGAGAUCUUUCGCACCACUCCUCACGAGAAGCAGGUCAUGAUGUUCAGCGCAACGCUGAGCAAGGAUAUCAGGCCUGUGUGCCUCAAGUUUAUGCAAGACCCUAUGGAGGUGUACGUGGAUGAUGAGGCCAAGCUGACCCUACACGGUCUGCAGCAGUACUACGUGAAACUGAAGGACAACGAAAAGAACCGCAAGCUGUUUGAGCUCCUCGAUCUCCUUGAGUUCAACCAGGUGGUCAUCUUUGUCAAAACCGUACAGCGUUGCAUGGCUCUCGCCCAACUGUUGGUAGAGCAAAACUUUCCUGCCAUUGCCAUCCACCGGGCCAUGACCCAGGAGGAAAGAUUAUCUCGCUACCAGCAGUUCAAAGACUUCCAGAAGCGGAUUCUUGUGGCCACAAACUUGUUUGGACGGGGAAUGGACAUUGAGAGAGUCAACAUAGUUUUCAACUAUGAUAUGCCUGAAGAUUCUGACACCUACCUCCACAGAGUUGCUCGAGCUGGACGCUUUGGCACCAAGGGGUUGGCAGUGACAUUUGUCUCCGAUGAGCAGGAUGCAAAAACCUUGAAUGAAGUGCAAGACAGGUUUGACGUCAACAUCUCCGAGCUGCCUGAUGAAAUCGACAUUUCCUCUUACAUUGAAGGCCGCUGAGCUCCAUUGGUCUCAAGGAACCACUGACAAGUUGUCAUCAUCACAUCUGAAGCUUUUUUCUACAAGUUUUCACCUUUAAAGUUGUAUGUGUAGAAGUGUCUGUCCAUUGUCAUUUUAUUUCAAGACUCAUAAACGCUGAAAGUACAGUUUGACGAAAAGUCAUCACAGUGAAAAUACAGUUUGAAAGAAAA